AAUCAUCAACAGUACAAACGUUCAUAAAUAAUUGGUACAUUUUUAAACGUCAAAGCAAAGCGACUCACAUACAUACAUACAGUUAUGGACAUGUAUCCUAUACUCGGCAGUCUGCUGGGCGUUGAUACGAGCGUGAGCGCGUCUGGCGCCUCGUUGCCCGGCACCUCCGCCUUCCUCACGACGCGCCGGCAGGAGCAGGCAGCGACUGAUUUAUACGGUUAUUUGAAUAAUAAUAGCAGAGGCGUGACGUCGCAGCUGCAGCGUGAGAACUUCAUGCAGUGCAAGCAUUGCAACCGUUAUUAUAAGUCGCAUCAGAAGCUGCAGGAGCAUGUGCGCAAAUACUGUCUGAAAAAGAAAAAGUACAAGUGCAUUUCGUGUGAGUAUCGAUCGCGUCGCAAAGAUCAUGUGUUGCGUCAUGCGAAGCGUAAGCAUUGUGAGCUGUAUGCGGCGUCACGUGACAACGAAGAGAGUCUCUAUGAGAUACGCACCGAAGAGGAGUGUGACGAUCCAGCCCGCUAUGAGGAGCACACAUUGGACUAUGAUGGUGUCUAUGGUGAAGGUGACGGUGAAGUUGAGGGCAUGCCGGUUAGCGCAUUACUUGAUGUGGGACACUUUGGUUUCGGUCUGGGCAGCAGAGACCUGACUAUUACCGCUGUGCCCAUUUUGCAGGAUAGUGAUGAUGAUGACGAUGAUAACUAUGAUGAUGAAGAUGAUUGAGCGUAUAAGCGACGCUAAGAAGCAGGGAAUAUUAGUCAAAUACAUAUUUUUGUUUUUAAAUAUGUAGUGCAGUUUUAGGCGCUCAUACUUAUUUUGACGUGAUUAUGGAGUCUUUUAAGCUCUUGUUAUUAAUCUUAUUAGUGUGGCACAAGUUCGUAAGUGCAAGUAAUUCACGCGCAUACCAAGUAAGUACAGUGAAAACUCGAUAUAAUGAAUGCUUUGAAAUAAAACUAACAAUUAAAAAAAAUUCAAUAUUACAUAGUAGAUGAAAUAUUUAAAGAAUCAGGAAUAAACACCGCUACAAAAAAGUGGUUUCGAGUAAAACGCGUUUUAAAUUUAGUCCACAGCUCUAACCGGUUUAGUUACCACGAAACAAAAAGGGCUAUAAGUUCGGAAAUAAAUGGAACUUUGAAAAGUCCUUUUAGAGAGAUGUUUUCUAAUA